AUGGCGGCCGGUACCAACAACAUGCACAACCUGACAACCCUAAUCAAGAGGCUCGAGGCUGCCACGGCCCGUCUCGAGGAUAUUGCCUCGUCGACGAUCGAGCUGCCCCAAGUCGUCCCGGCCCUCCAGCAAACCCUCGCCUCUCCCCUCUCCGGCGCAUCUAGCGUGGGAUCGCCCGCGCCCACCCCGACGCCCACCCUGACGCCCGCGCCUCCGCCGGUGCCCAAGGCUCCAGAAGAGCCCCUCCCCGAAUCUAUCGAGGAGUAUGACGCCUUCAUGAGCCAGUCGGUCGAAAAGUAUAUCAAGAUCAGCAAGGCGAUAGGCGGUCUGGUUGCCGAGCAGGCGACCAAAGUUCUCGAAGGCUUCAAGGAGCAGCGCAAGUUUCUGCUGAUUUCGACCAAGGCGAAGAAGCCCGACCUGACGGGCUCCGAAAUGUCGGUCUAUCAAGAUGUGUUGAAGCCAAUAAAUCAGCUCUUGAUGGACAUCACCAGCAUCCGCGAUUCAAACCGCGGCGCUGCUGUCUUCUCCCAGCUGAAUACUGUGGCCGAGGGGCUAAUGGCUCUGGCGUGGGUGACGGUGGAGAGCAAGCCGAAUAAGUUUGUCGAGGAGAGCCUUGGUUCCGCCCAGUUUUUCGGCAACAGGGUGCUGAAGGAGUUUAAGGAUAAGGACCAACAACAAGUGGAGUGGGUGCAGUCAUUUUACCAGAUCUUCCGCGAUCUCGCAGACUACGUCAAGAAUUACUUCCCAAAUGGCCUUCCGUGGAACCCCAAGGGACGUCCGGUGCAGGAAGUUCUCAAGUCCCUAUCGGCAGCUCCUGCGCCAGCUGCAGGUGGCCCCCCUCCCCCUCCCCCACCGCCGCCGGGCCCUCCUCCCGUCUUCAAGAUCAACGAACAGAAGCCAUCGGAGCUUCCUGCAGCAGGAGGCCUUGGUGCAGUUUUCUCGGAGCUCAACAAGGGCGAGGCGGUUACGAAGGGCCUUAGAAAAGUAGAGAAGUCGGAGAUGACACAUAAAAACCCGUCCUUGAGGGCCGGGUCAACCGUCCCAGAGCGCGAGGGAUCCGUUCGUGGAAAGAGCCCCGCCCCCGGAAAGAAGCCUAAGCCUGAGACUUUGCGGGCUAAGAAGCCGCCAAAGAAGGAGCUGGAGGGCAACCAGUGGACAAUCGAAAACUUUGAGAAGGAAUCCGAGCCUAUCGAGAUUGAGGCAAACAUCUCCCACUCAAUCCGGAUCAGCAAGUGCAACAACACCACUGUCAUCAUCAGGGGCAAGGCAAACGCUGUCACAAUUGACAAUACGAACCGUCUUUCCCUCGUGGUGGACUCGCUCGUGUCCACGGUGGACCUCGUCAAGUCGCAGAACUUUGCGCUGCAGGUUCUGGGGGUUAUUCCCACGGUGCUGAUGGACACUGUCGACGGCGCGCAGAUCUACUUCAGCAAGGAAAGCAUAGGCACGCGUAUCUUCACCAGCAAAUCGUCUAGCGUCAACCUCAACGUGAUUGGGUCCGACGACGACUACCAGGAGAUCCCCCUGCCGUCGCAGAUAUGCUCGUACUACGACGAGGACAAGGGUGAUCUGGUGAACGAAAUUGUCUCUCACUCCGGCUAAGCUUUGCGCCAUAGCUGUCAGUUGAGGUUGGUUUUUUGCUGUUACUACUGCUGUUUCUAUUUCCCCUACUCGUAUUCGCUCUGCGUUGUGCGAGACAGGAAAAAGGGGGAGCCAAAGCUAGCGAGCGGGAAAUUGUAAAUUUCCAAACUUCGUUUUGGUAACCGUUUGUCGUCUGCUUUCACACUUUUCAUGUUCUUCUAGCCUCCCUCCUUACCUCUCAUUUCAGCCCUGUCUAUAUAUACAGUAUUACCCUCGCGAAUAAUCGCAGUUACGUGAAGUUGUAAUUUUGAGAAGAUAUGUCAACACAUUAGCUCGCCCUGUUUUUUGAUACCUGUCGAUACAAGUGAGUCGGAUACAUGAAAAAGGGAAUAAUUUAAGGUAUGUUUUGCGACCCAGUGUCCUAGACUGACUGCAAUUACUUGCUGGAAAUAAAUGCGAGAAGAAGCAACAAAUCAGAGGCUAUAUAUAU